UAAUUAUGUGUGUGUAUAUGUGUCAUGUGUUCCAUCAGAUUUCCCAUUGCAAAAUUUCAAUGGUGGUAAAAAUUUUUACUUUUCUAAACUAGUGACAAUGAUAUUAAAAAGAUAGGUUAAAAAAAAGAGAGAGAGAAUGAGAGAGAAAGAGGAAGAGGAAGUGAAACAUACCAUGUACCUACACUGUGGUAGGUGCCAGACGGUGUGAAAACUGAUGGACUGCAUUUCUUAGUUGAACAGCGGAUGAAAUCUGCUCUUUUAGUGGUUAGAAAUGAGGAUGUUUAAGCUGCUUUUUUGGACUGGAUGCUACAGUCUGCUGUCAGUCACAGAACAAGAUACAGCUGAAACUGAGAUAUUUUGCUCCUCUGAGCCGGUAGUAUCAUUCUGCGGCUCCAGCAUCGUUCUACAGUGUCACCUCGAGUCCCAGCAGGAUGCAACAGACAACACAGUGAAAUGGACUCAGCAGAGUGAUGUUGUACACGUUCGUAAAGAUGGAAAAGACGUUCCUGGAGAACAAAUGGAGAGGUUUGAAGGACGCACGUCUCUGAUCUCUGAAGGUCUCCAUAAAGGAAAUCUGUCGCUCCAACUUUCCUCUUUAAAACUCUCCGACUCUGGAAGAUACAAGUGCUCCUUUCAGGUCGGCUCAGUGGAGAAGAGUUGUUACGUCAACCUCACUGUCGACGGGUAUGAAGUGAUCGGCUCACCUGAGCCAGUUACAGCAGAGUCGGGUCAGGAUGUGGUUCUACCAUGCUACCUGAAACCACGGUUUGAUGCAACAACUCUGACUGUGGAGUGGAGACGGAACAACGCUACGGUGCAUUUAUAUCGAAGUCAGAAAGAUGAUAAUGAGGAUCAAGAUCAGAGGUUUAAAGGCAGAACUUCUCUCUUCCAUGAUAAAAUGCAUCAUGGAAACAUUUCCCUCAAACUGAGAAAUGUUUCUGAAGAAGAUGCAGGAAAUUACACCUGUUUUGUUCCUAAGUGUCGGGAGAAAAAAGGAAACAUUGCUCUGAAUGUUGUGUUGAAGGAUGAAGAUCCAAACAAGAAAGGACUUGUCAUUGGUCUUAUUGUCGCUGCUGUUCUUGUUCUUGUUCUCAUUGCUGGUUUAGUUUAUUUAUCAGGGAGACGUUUGGAACAAAACAGACAUGAAAUUGUUCUACAGAGAUGUAGAGAUCUCCUGCAAAGAAGAGAAGAUCACGAUUUAGAAGUGGGGCAAGACAGACAAAGACAGGAGCACAACAAUCAAAGUGAAAUCAGACGACGUUGAAUAAAAAUAUGGAUUUUUAAUUUUUUUCUGUUACUCUUCCACCUAAGGCAAAAGAAGUUUUUUUCUCUCAUUUAGUGGGUAGAUUUGAGCUCAGAUAAAAACAGAGAGAAAGUAAGAAAAAAAGAACCAGGCCAGUUUAGAAACUUUAUCAUUUCAGGGUAACUUCACCUCAUCUUUAAGAGAGAGGUAGAGAAACUCAUUUCAGACAUCUUGUUCUUUUUUUGUCUACCAACAGCUCAUAGGUGAGAAAAAAAAUUAGAACCUAGAUAGAUAUUUUAUCACCCGCCUUCUUUCAUCGAUUAGCAAAAUUCGGUGACAAAACUAAAUUCUCUGAUAAAAAUAGUAAAAGCUGGAGAGACUCAACCAAUCCAAAGCUGCUGGUCCAGAUGCCAUCAGUCCAGACUUCUAAAGACCUGUGCCAGCCAGCUGUUUCCAGUUCCUCAGAACCUCUUUUAUACUCCUGUGGAAGACCUCCAGUCUUGUUCCAGUCCCCAGUAAACUGUCCCCAUCUGCACUGAAGGACGACCCACCUGUGGGUGCAGCGUGGCUGACUCACUAGCUUUGGACCUCAGGCUUCUUUGCACACAACACACGCACGUCGGAAAGCAAAGUCUUGAAGUCAAGUUCUUCAUUUUACCAUUUAAUAUCAAAUUAAACUUGAACAUAUACAUAAAAAGGACUGAAAAUUUAGACUUUCUGUUAAACUAACUGAAAUGCGGUGUAGGUCAAAAGACUGUGUUGCUUCAAGGUCCAGUGACUUCCAAUCUACUUUUUCUUGGCUGAUUCCCCUUUUUUUUAACUUCAGUCUAGCAGCCAAUCAAAAUCCACUAAUAAAAGAAGAUCAUUUCAACUGCAACACAGAACUAUAGAAUAAUUAGGAUUAAGUCCUAAUAAAAAAAAAAAUGGCUUCAACACAUACCGACCCCUAAUUGACUAGGCUGUAGCAUAGCAAUUACCAAAUGAUACUUAAAUUG